AUGAUUUCCAAAGAGGAAGCUAAGCAACAAGAGCAAAGCAAGAAAGCAUAAAAGAACAAAAAUAAAAAGAAGGAAGCUAAAGGUAAUAACAAAAAGAAUCAGAAGGAUGUUGAUUCAGAUGAUGACUUUUUAGAUUAAUUAAUAUAAUAAAAUUAGGAAGCCUAAAAAUAGCAAUAAAUUCAACAAUAAUAACAACAAGUAAUAGAGGAUAAGAAGAAAUAAUUGGGACCAGACUAUGUUGAGGGAGAUCCAAUAACUAACUCAAGAUUCGUCGAUAAUUCUGGGAUCAGAAAGUUAGGAAAUUGGGAAGAGAAGGAAUGGAAAUAGACUCAACCACCUACAAUUCCUGUUUCCAAAUAGUUUACUUAAGGUGUUUAUCCAAAAGGUUAAGAAAUUCCAUAUUUGGGUGAGAAAUCCUCAAGAAUCAGUAAAGAUGAAAUGAGAGAAAAAGACUUGAUUCAUGAAUAUUAAUUGCAAUCUUUGAGAAGGGCUGCUGAAUGCCAUAGAUAAGUAAGAUAAUAUGCUUAGGCUAAAUUGUUGAAACCAGGAAACAAAUUGAUUGAUAUUUGUGAGAAGUUGGAAAAUAUGAAUAGAUAUUUAGUUGAGGAGAAUGGCUUGAAUGCAGGUAUAGCAUUUCCAACAGGUUGUUCCUUGAAUUACUGUGCAGCACAUUACACCCCAAAUAAUGGAGACAAUACAAUUUUAACAUAUGAUGAUGUUUGCAAAAUAGAUUUUGGAACAUAAGUUGAUGGAUGGAUUAUUGAUUGUGCAUUCACAGUUGCAUUCAAUCCAGUUUAUGAUACAUUAUUAUAAGCAGCUAAAGAUGCUACAGAUACUGGAAUCAGAAAUUCUGGAAUUGAUGUUAGACUAGGAGAUGUCGGAGCAGCAAUACAAGAAACAAUGGAAAGUUAUGAAGUUGAAAUUGGAGGAAAGGUUUAUAAAGUUAAAUCAGUCAAAAAUUUAAAUGGACAUUUGAUCUGUAAGUAUCAUAUUCACGGGGGUAAAAGUGUUCCAAUUGUCAAAUCAAAUGAUAACACUUUAAUGAAAGAAGGAGAACUCUAUGCAAUCGAAACAUUUGGAUCAACUGGAAAAGGAUAUGUAAAUGAAGAUUUGGAAUGUUCACAUUACAUGAAAGAUUUCUAUGCUAAACCCACAGCUGUUAGAGUUCCAAAAGCUAAAUCACUCUUAACUCACAUUGACAAUCAUUAUGAUACCUUGGCAUUCUGCAGAAGAUUCUUAGAUAGAGAUGGCUAAUCCAAUUAUUUGUUGGGAUUGAAGAAUCUGUGUGAUCUUGGAAUAGUUAACCCAUAUCCCCCUCUUUGUGACAUCAGAGGUUCUUAUGUGUCAUAAUAUGAGCAUACUAUAUUCUUAAAGCCAAGCUGUAUAGAAGUCUUAUCUAGAGGUGAUGAUUAUUGAAUUAAUAUUUAUCUAUGUUAAAUAUAACAAAUGUCUAUCAAUUUA